GCCUCCAUCAAGCUGUGCCGCCAGGCCGGCAUCCGUGUCAUCAUGAUCACUGGGGACAACAAGGGCACAGCCGUGGCUAUCUGCUGCCGCAUCGGCAUCCUGACCGAGGACGACGACGUGGAGCGCAUGGCCUUCACCGGGCGGGAGUUCGACGAGCUGUCGUCCCACGCCCAGCGGGAGGCUGUGACCCAGGCGCGCUGCUUCGCUCGCGUCGAGCCGUCGCACAAGUCCAAGAUUGUGGAGUUCCUGCAAGGAUUCGAUGAAAUCACUGCCAUGACAGGAGAUGGAGUGAACGAUGCCCCUGCAUUAAAGAAGGCAGAGAUUGGCAUUGCUAUGGGCUCGUUUUGACGACUGAAGAGGGCAAAGUCUUGACUGGUGGCUCCAGAAUAAAUUCUUUUAGUUUUUUUUUUUUGACCUGUGUGCAUCUUUUUCCAUUAUUUUCUGCAUUAGGCAGAGCACAGCUACCUCAGUGCUGUUAUUAAAACCACCACAUGUAUCUGAUCACCAUUUUACUCAUUCCAAGUGUUGAGGUAAGGACCACGUUUUGGUGUAUACACAAACCUGUUGCACACAGCUGUUUUUUAUUUAUUAAUUUUUGCUUUAUUACACAUUUAUUUUCCUCACACGAAGAUAAACUGAUGUUACUAGUUUAAAUAAUUUAUUUCCCACACCUGUUAAAUGUACUUGAAGAAAACACAUUUCAAGUUUGCUCUGUUGUCAAUUAAGCCUGUUUGUGUUCAUUUUCCUUUCUAAAUACAGUCAGUUUUGUUCGUAUGUAAAUGUGCAUAUACUGUACUUGAAUGUGGGGGGAAAGCACCAAGAAGCUGUUAAUUAUCAGCUGAGCACAACAUGAACGGUUCAAAAAGGACUCCUUAAAGUUGAUUGUUCAGUUUGUAUAUGUGUACAUAGCACACAGAAUAGAGUCUAUGUAUAUUUUUUGUUGAUAUGGAAACACUCCGUACAUUUAA